AUGGACAAGAGGAAACAAAAAAAAAAAUGCACGGAAACAUCAGCACAACCCGAUGAAAUGAGCAAAGGGUCACCUCCUACCGCUAUCUGCAAAAAGACGCGCAACAGUCGAAAGUCGAAAAUAAAGUUUCGCUGCGACUACUCCCCAACUCCCUUAAAAGUCUUACAAGCCCGAGGAUGGACGAGAGUUCAAGAGCCAAAGGACAACUCCUGGGACAUCUGGUGGUGCGACACGAGCGAGCUCAAGCUCGCCCUGGACGGACCGGUGAAGCUCGAAGCCAACCAACGGGUGUCCCACUUUCGCAACCAUUGCGAGUUGACGCGCAAGAAUUACCUUUACCGCAACCUGAGGCGUUACAGGCGACUGCUCGUUAAAGCCAACAAGAGCCGCGAGGCCGAGCUCUGCAACGCUAUGCCCAUGAGCUUCGAGCUUCCCGCCGAGUACAGGAUGCUGGUCGAGGAGCACAGGCGCUGCCAAGGCACUACUUGGAUAGUAAAGCCGGCCGGUGGAUCACAGGGCCGAGGCAUAUUUUUGUUCCAGCGCCUCAAGGACCUCACAGAAUGGCGUACAAAGGAGUGCGUAAUGAUGCCUGACGCCUCGGACUUGGACACCGUACCCGCGGUUCCGGUAGCAACGUACGUUGUCCAGAAGUACAUCGACAACCCGUACCUGCUCGAAGGACGCAAGUUCGACCUGCGGAUCUACGUACUGGUGACGUCGUUUCAGCCUCUGAAGGUCUGGCUGGCGCGGGAGGGUUUCGCCCGUCUCUCGAGCGAACAGUUCAGCCUCGAGCGCAUAGACGAGCGGCGAGUUCAUCUCACCAACAUGUCCAUACAAUUGAAAACUGAGGCUCGGAAGUCCGAGGGCGAGAGAGUGCAAAGCCUGGGCCGCAAGUUGCCGCUCAAUUGGCUGAGAAGCCAUUUGACUGCUCGGCACGGCCGUGAACUUGUCCAACGGCUUCUGCGAAAUAUUGCAGGCAUAAUAAUGGCAAGCCUCCAGUCAGUGCAGUCCGUGAUAAUCCCCAGCAAAAACUCGUUCGAGCUGUACGGCUACGACGUACUUCUGGACGCGAACCUGCGCCCCUGGCUGCUCGAGAUAAACGCCUCGCCGUCGCUCAACGCCACCGAUCCCGACGACUUCCGUCUCAAGUUCGACCUCAUCGACGACCUCCUCAGCGUUUUGGACCUGGAGAGGCUGCUCACGGGCCGCGAGACCCGCGUUGGUGGCUUCGACCUUCUCUGGGACGACGCGCCCGUCUGGUCGGCCGACCAGCCCAGGGAGCUCAACAUCUUCCUCGGGGCCGAUAACGAUCGCGCGGACCAGCUCAAACGGUUGAGGGAGAGGCUUGGAGUUACCAAAGUACCGGGUGGUGGUGGUUGAGGUUUAUCGUUGGAA